GUCAUCAAACUCUUCCUCCUCCAUCGCGCGAUUGCAAUUACGACAUCAAUCCACCGCGACGCAAUGUCUGCCUCUCCGCUCUCACCUGGUGCCGACAUGGGCACUCAUUGGGAGCUCUCGUCUGGCGCCUCGUCGCCCCGUUCCGACACUUCAAGCAACACCAACAGCCUGUUCUCUUCGCUUGAUUCUCCCACCGAGACGGAGCUUUCUUUCCCAAGCCAUGGACCCAAUGAUGCCAAGGAGUCUUUGGCGCUUGGUCGCACCGACGUUACCGUCAUGCCCAGUCUUGUCAACCAUGUCCUCGUCGGACAGACUGCUUAUACUCCAGGAUACAUUCAACAACUGUCCAAGCAGCUCCAGCAUGCACGCAAGACUGGCGAAUUCCCCAAUACAACAUCUGCGAUGGAAGAUCCCCAGACAAUCGUUGAAGACUACCAUCUUCUUCAGCGUCUCCGAGAUGCACGGGGCGACCCUGCUAUUCACCCUCCUCCCCAGCAGUACAACGUCAUCAAGGUCGACAUCGCUCGUCGCAUCAAGGCUCGUGAUGAAGCCUAUGAAGCCCCUGCCAACUAUCAAGAGGUGGAUCACCGAGUUCAAAACUGGAUGAACUCAAUCAACAAGGAAGCUCGCAUGUUGGAGAUUACACAGGCGGCACUUCAGCGCAAGGGCAUCAAUAACCCCACCCAAGACGACUUGGACACCAUCGCCGAGGAGUUCAUGCAGAUCGCGGAGCGCACUCUUCUUGACGUCGCCAAUCCUCUGCGCAUGAAUGCUACUCGCAUGGAGGGCAACAUGAGUCGUUUCGAUAGCCAGCUCAGUGGCUUCGAUGGCGCCAUGACUGCUCAGCUUGACACGCUCAACACUGUUGUGACCAACCUCAACAGAUCCAUGAAUACCUCUAUGAGCUCACAGCUCGGCACUCUCAACACCAUGCUUGAAUCUCAGAGCAACAGCUUCAGCGGAUCCGUUGGCAUGAUCAACACAGCCCUCAACACCGUCACCACCGAUCUGCAUCAGAUCACCUCCAGUCUCCCCGCAAUGAUUGCCGCGGCAGUUCAAGCUGCAGUCAAAGAGCAACUCUCUGCCAGCCCUCACCAGGUUUUCCACAGCAAGCAACACCAAUCCAACUACGAUCAGCCCCCCGGAUAUGCUACAGCUACACGGAUGCAGCAAUACCAAGCCGCUGGCGGAGAGCUCUUUGGUGGUGGCGCACGAGCUGUCGCUUCUGCAGUCCAAGUAUCAGGACAAGAACCUGGACAGGCCUUGCACAUGACCAUGCAGCCCACCAAGUCGAGAUUCAGAAGAUUCUUGCGGGUCAUCACUGGAAGAGGACAAUCGAAAAAGGAGACGGGUUCCAAGUAAUGAAGCUCAUGACGAGGCUUCAACAUUCAGCUGUCCGACUUUGUGGCCAGCACUCCCCCCUCUGAGACGUACACAAC